AUUCUUUCUAAUUGAAAAAAGUGAAAAACACUUCUAAAGCUAAAAAUGGUGUUUAUAAAUGUUGACUUCUAUUUAAUUUUUAAAACUUUUAAUCUAAAAGCUUAAAGCGCCAUCGGAGGUGCUUUUAAUAGUUUUUAGUUCUUUUUUUUUGUUAUUAGCUCCAAGUUCAUGGACAAUUAUAAGGAUAACAUAUUCACGAGUCGGGGUGGUUAUUGCAGCGAGUCACUACAUUUAAUGUAAUAUAGUAGAAUACGAAUGAUUUAAAUGUAAUAAAUUUAAUGUUUAUCAGUCAUUUUUUGAGAAAUUAAAAAAACACUUUUUACCUACUAUAUAUUUUAGUAAUAUUGAUGUUAAAACCUAAAAAAUAAAACCAAGCUCAUUCCACAAAUAAAAAGAAAACGUAGCUUUUACUUACUCUGUGGAUUUAGGAUGUUUUUACUUGAAUUGUAAUUUGCUGGUUUGGUUUGGUCUGAUUUCUUUGUAAUUUUAUAACUAUCCAAGUCUGGUCUGAGACGAAUUACAGUCCAAAUAAAAACAUCUUUACACUAUUAUCUUAUUUUUAUUUAUUUUAUGUAUCCUAAAUCAUACAGACUUCCUAAAUGAUGGAAAAGAAAAGAUUAAAUUUAGACUUGCUUAGUCCUGUUCUUACACAAACCCUUAAACCUCUCGCGCUUAAAUUAUAAUCGCUCGUAAUCCCUCCUGGCCUCCUCCAAUCACUGCGGUCUAUCUCUCUGUUGCUUUUAAACUAGCUUCUUAUUCUUCUCCAAUUAUUUUCAUUAAUCUAUUUUGCAACAUUCAAUGGAGGGAGGAGAAGGCCAGAACGACCAUAUUUGUACUGUGAAUGAAGUCUUUGAUGAUUACAAGGGGCGUAGGAGUGGCAUAAUAUCCGCUCUUACAACUGACUAUGAAGAUUUUUAUCGGAUGUGCAAUCCAGAGAAAGAGAACUUUUACUUGAUUGGAUAUCCGGAUGGGAAAUGGCAGGUAAGUUUACCUUUUGAAGAAGUACCUUCAGAGAUUCCGGAGCCUACUCUGGGUAUCAACUUUGCAAGAGAUGGGAUGGUGGCAAGUGACUGGAUAACAUUAGUAGCUGCCCACAGUGAAGCGUGGCUGUUUUCUGUUGCUUUCUACUUUGCUGCUAGAUUCGGAUUUGAUAAAGCUCAAAGGAAGACACUCUUCAACAUGAUAAACGAUCUUCCUACAGUGUAUGAGAUUGUGACUCUUGCGUCAAAGAAACAGCUAAAGGGGAAAAAAUCGGUCUUAAAUCAUAUUCACUCCAAGCCAAAGCAAAGUUCCAAAUCUCAAGCAACUGAAGAGCAUGAAGGUAGGACAAUGGACGUAAAACUGCUUCACAACAAUGAAAGAGAGGAGGAAGACGAGGAGCACGACAACACAUUGUGUGGUGCUUGCGGCCAAUACGAUGGACUGGACGAGUUCUGGAUAUGUUGUGACAAAUGCGAAAGGUGGUUUCAUGGACGGUGUGUAAAAAUAACCCCGGCUAAAGCUGAGCAAUUGAAGUUGUAUAAGUGUUCAUCUUGCAGCAACAAAAAGAGACCCCACCCUUCUUAACCUUGUUCAUAAUGCUAGAAAAUGCACAACACCCUUCUAAUUGGUAUAGGGAUAUCAACUUUAGGGAGAAGUUAAUCUGCUGAUCUAGAACAUCUUUUGUCUUUAGAAUUUAAUUUUUUGAGUUAAAUUCUAUUUACCCCCAUGUGUAUAUUUAGUUACGUG